UUGGACUAAAAAAAGAGAGAGAGACAGUAUGGAAAAGGAAUGCAUGAAUAUCUUGAAAAAAUAUAAAUAUUUUACCAGAAAAAAAAGCGACAAUUUCUGAUAUACAUAUAAUAUAAUAGCGACAAUUUCUUAUAUACAUAUAUAUUUAUGGAAAGAAUAUGGCGGAAUUUGGACCGAAGGCAAAUUUUGAAGCAGAGGUUUCCCUCCCUUCAGCGAUCCACUGGUACGCCUACGCCUUUCCUUAGGAGCUCCCCACAUUGCUGCUGCUCUGCUCGUAUGAUGCUUUCUUAGAAAGCGAAUGUUCAGAUUUCCAUUUGGUUUGAAGGUAGUCAACAAGUUCUGAGAAAGAAGUGAUUCCAAGGAUUUAGAUUCAAUCUGUGCUACGAUUAAAGAAUGGGCGAGAAAACAUUUGAAGAUGAUGGUCAAAAUGUCUCAGCCAUUGAAACUAAUCCUUCUACUGAUAAAUCAAAAAUUCCAUUCAACGUUCCACCACAGAAGGGAGGAAUUUCUGGUGUCCAGAAUUCAGACUGUAACAUUGCAUGUAUGACACCAGAGAAAGCAGAUGAGUACUUGAAAGGCAAAUUGAAGGAGGAAGAGAUCAAAGUUCAAGAAAAAUGUCAAACCAUUGUAAGGUUAUUUUCUUGCAUGAUUAGCUCACUGAGGUUGCUUGGACUGCGUAAAAAGUUGUCCACCUUUAAAAAUAUAUCCUGCAUGGUUUCGGCUAUGACAAAAAGAAAGUUUUUUCACAGGCAUCUAGCACAGAUAGUAUAUAUCAUUCCAGAGGCAGUGAAUAUUGAGAAAAUGAUGAUUCAUGACAUGAGAACAUUAUGCAUGAAGCCAGAAAUGGUAAUCAGUCUGCAGUUGGAUAUUGUAGAAGGUCACUCUGAACAUUCUGAUUUUCUGGCAUUAGGCACACUUUUCACUUCAAGGGUAAAGAAAUACUUUGUCUUGCAUCCAGAGAAAAGUGAAGUUCCAGAGGGUCCACUGCCAGAGCCCUUCAACCAGAGAAAUCUUAUGCUCUCUCUUUAUCAAUCGUCUGAUAGUUCUUCAGAAAAAUCUCAGCAAAUAUCCGUAGAAACCAAUUCAUAUUUUGAAGAAUCUUAUCCACCUUCGUCAUUCAAGAGAUAUUUCUCUAAGCAAGCUGUUCCUAAAGCAGAGAUAUCAGAACCUGUGGCACCCUCUGCGGUUGAUUUGCCAUCCACUGCAGCUUGUGGUCUGACAGAACAGGACAGUAAUGAUCAUUUGCUUGAAGAUUUUCCAGCACAGUCAGUUUCGCCUCAAGCUGCUGACGAAUCUUCUGAGAGUUCUCUUGCCAAGCCUGUAACUUCUGCUUCUAGCAGCACAAUGACACAAACCCCGGCACAGUCGACACCGAAGAGAUCUAUGCUGCCGAGUUCUGAUGUGAAAAUGAAGAUAGUCAAGAGCACAGGAAGUUUGUCUAAACCUGCAAAAAGGUUUCUCAACUUUUCUGGCAUGGAAGGUGAUAUUGGCACAUCGAGUUUCAGUCUGGAUGAUUUUCAAUGCUAUGAUAUCCAUCGAAAGAAAGAUUUUCAUCAUGAUGGGCAUUGCCAAAAGAAUCGGACCAGUGGAGUAAUUUGCCAAGAAUCAUCUUGCUUGCCUGAACUUGUUCGCGUUAUUUAUGACAUUUUCAAGUCUGUCAACUGUUCUAAUAUUACCAAAGAGGAGCUCGUGCACAAAGUUAUAAUGAAUAGCCUUGAUGUCACUGAGAGAAGAGAAGUGGAAGAGCAAAUUGAGCGGCUGGAAAAGCUGGUUCCAGAUUGGAUCUCCAGGAAAUUGACAGCAAGUGGGGAUAUCACUUUCAGCAUCAACGCGAUAGAAGGCUUGGAAACAGUGGUGGCAAAGACUGUUCGCACUUGAGAAGAUAUCAAAAGGUGAGGGGAUAAAAUCGAAAUGCUAUGUCUCGUUAGUUUUGCAGCAUUUACCGAACAACAGAUAGCUUUCACGGUUACACGAUAUCAGUCGGUUGGCGGAUGUAAGUCUAGGAAAGUAUAGAAAAGUAUUCGAGUGAGACCAAACCAUGAAAUUUACACAUCUUAUUUUAGAAAAUACUUUCAACGCUAAUUUUAUUGACACAUAUGUUAUGUUUUGAACAAAUUUUAGACGCCUAAUCAAUGGUAAUUGUUGGUUGCUUUA